GAUUAAACAUUGCUACCUUAGUGACCUUAGCUACGAAAUCAUGACACUCAAUGCUCAAUAAUGCGUCAAAUAUUAUUCAAUUCAAUCAACUGCUGAAACGAAACACAUUCUCAUUAAAAAAUGCCGCCAAAGAAAAAAGGAGGCGGCAAAUCUGCUGUUAUCGAUGGGGUGGAUACGUCCUCCAUGACUCGAGAACAACUGGAGGUAUUUUGUCUACGUAUCAAAGAAGAGAAUGAACGCGAGAGAGAAGAGAGAAAUUAUUUUCAACUGGAAAGAGAUAAACUGAGAACUUUCUGGGAGAUAACAAGGAACGAAUUAGAAGAAGCACGUGCUAAAAUCAGGAACAAGGAACGCCAAAUAGAAGAGAACACGGAAAAAAACGAGGAGAUCUUGAGAUUCUACAAGCAGAAAGUGAAACAUCUGCAAUACGAGCAUGAGAACGAUCUCACCGAGUGCAAGGCUCAAUCCUUGGUGUCUCUUAAAAGAGCGGCCGAUAGCCAUAUAAAUCAAGAGAAGGAACUUUUGGCCGACAAAAUAGCCUUGAAGAACAAGAGCCAGGAGACGGAGCUCAACCAUCAGGAUCAAGUGCGAAAUUUGAAACUGCAACACAGCGAAGAAACGAGCAAAUCUAGAUCUCAAUUCGACGAGAAGGCCAAAGAGCUGGAGUUCAAAUACGAGAGAAAAUUCACGGAACUCACAAACGAACUAAAUCUGAAACAUGGCAUGGAGAUAGCUGAAAUAGAAGAGAGAAAAAAUACCCAAUUGAACGCCUUGACCAAACAACACGACGAGGCCUACAGUGAAAUGAAGAUGUAUUACAAUGACAUUACAUUGAAUAACUUGGCUCUCAUCAGUAGCCUCAAGGAACAAAUGGAAGUUUUGCGCAAACAAAAUGAACGCAUGUCCAAGCAAGUAGCCGAUCUGAUGUCCGAGAAUAAGAAGAUGGUUGAGCCUCUCAGUCAAGCCAGAGCUGAGGUGAUCGAGUACAGAAGGCAACUGACGAACUACGAAAAAGAUAAGAUAUCUUUAGAGAAUACCAAAAUAAAACUCAACCAAACGAAUAAAGAGUUCGAAGAUUUGAAAUGGGCAAACGAGGCGUUGGAAAUUAGAUUUGAAAAACUCCAAGCGGAACACCAAGAGCUGAAGAGGCGAUUCAACCAGGCCAUUCUUGAGGUCCAACAAAAAACCAGCCUGAAGAACGUAUUGCUGGAGAAAAGGGUGAGGGUUCUGGGAGAGAAUUUGGAGCAAAAGGACGCCCUGAUUGAAGAUCUUGUGAUACAGUUGAACGAUCCUCAACAUGCUGUCAAGACCAAUAAGAAGUUAGAGGACAUUCUGAAUAAAAAGAACGCCAUUAUCCAUGACCUUCAAUACGAGCUUGCGAGAGUUUGUAAAGCUCACGAUGAUUUACUGGACACUUAUGAGGAGAAGUUGAAUGAAUAUGGAAUUCCGAAAAUAGAGCUGGGUUUCAUUCCUUUGAGGACUGUACCGGAAGGUCAAGGCGGUCUACCCAAAGGUCCUGCGGGUCUGGUAACGAAAAACAGAUGAAAUUCUUCGUUAUCGCUGAAUAUUUUGUAUUUCCUAUUUGUAUUAUAUAAUUUUCAUGAAA